GAGCAGAAAGUACAGCCGCUGAGGUUCAUGUGAUGUACAGAUGGAGUUAAUUAAAGAGGAGAGCGAAGACAUGAAGAUUGAAGAUGCAGUCCGUGUGAAACAAGAAGAGGCGGAGGAACAAACAGGCCUGAUACUGCUAAAAGAGGAGAGUGAAGUUGAAGAAAAAAGUCACUGUAAGAAAUAUCAUGAUAUCAUAACUGAAGUAAACUCUGAAAAGACUUCCUCAGGAAAAAGUAAUUUCACCUGCCAACAGUGUGGAAAGUGUUUCUCUACAGAAGGAAACCUGAAACUCCACCUGGACCUCCACACUGGAGAGAAGCCUUACACAUGCUCUCAGUGUGGAAACGGUUUCACCCAGCAAGGAAGCUUUAACAGGCACAUGAGAGUUCAUACUGGAGAGAAGCCUUUCACCUGCAAACUGUGUGGUAAGAGCUUCACAACAAAACUAAACCUCAAGUAUCACAUGAACAGUCACACUGGUGAGACUCCAUUUACAUGUGAUCAGUGUGGAAGGAGCUUCAGACAUAAGGUAACCCUUAAAAAGCACAUGAAGGUUCAUGCAAUAGAAAGCAGUUUUACAUGUCUUCAGUGUGGAAUGAGUUUCUCAGACAACAAAAACCUUAAGAAUCAUGUGAUAAUUCACACUGGAGAGAAACCCUACAUGUGCCUUCAAUGUGGAAAGACUUGCUCAAACAAUACAAACCUUGGUGUUCACAUGAGAAUUCACACCGGAGAGAAACCUUUCACCUGCCCUCAGUGUGGAAAGAGCUUCAGAUUUGUAGGAAACUUUCAGACUCACAUUAGAGUUCACACCGGAGAGAGGCUUUUCACAUGUAUCGAGUGUGAUGAGAGUUUCACGUAUCAGAGAGACCUGAAACGUCAUUUGUUAAUUCACUCUGGAAAACAAUUCUAGUGUUCAGCUGUAGCAAGAGAUUUACAAAUAAAAAUUUCUUAUGAAAUAAAGUUCUUGUCAUUAGGGGGCAGUUGUGGCCUAAUGCUUAAAGUGGGACUUGUAACCCGAAGGUUCGAGUCUCCGGUCCAGCAGGAAUUGUUGGUGGGGGAUGUCCAGCGCUCUCUCCACCCUCAACACUAGGACUGAGGUGAGACCCUUGAGCAAGGCACUGAACCCCAACUGCUCCCGAGCUCCGCACCAUCGGCUGCCCACUGCUCCGAGUGUGUGUUCACUACUGUGUGUGUGUGCACUUGGAUGGGUUAAAUGCAGAGCACGGGUCACAACACUUGGUCUCACUUCACUUCUCCACAAAUAUACACCAGAAACGUCAUGCAGAUAAACACCCUAUUUGUGUUCUGUGU